CGUUCUACGAAAUGCGACGCGGGCGGAAUGGACAUUAUCAGGUUUCCCUUUACUUCGUACUCUUUGCAGUACGUUAACUAACGUCCUUAGACAAAUUUGUCGAUAUAUCCAACUUAUACAUGGCAAUAUUGUAAUAAUAAUUACGCAGUUGUAAAGGAGAAACAAUUGCAGAAGCGUGAUAUUCGUUUGAUAUUACACUCGAAAUGUCGACAGAUCACAAAGGUGGAAAAGGUUACACUCCUUUACCGCAGAGUAUAAGCAAUACCGAUACCGAGGAUGAAGAAGAACGUUUAACUCGACCUAAUCAUAUUACUUAUCAGAUCGACAAUACUGCGACAAUAGCUGAAUUACAUUCAGGUCAUGAAAAUGGCAUGUUUUGUCCAUUGGAUGAAACACAAAAUCUAGGAAAUAGCACAAGAAGUAGACAAAACACAAUUAAAUGUUAUCAGGAUGAUAUACCGGUAAUGAUAAUUGAAGAAAGUGAACAGAAUGAUUUUUGGAAAAGAAGAGAUAUGUCACCAAUAAGGCGGUUCUGCCUAUUUGCGUCUAUACUAUUAUGCAUUGUUACAAUAGUUAUUUUUUUGUAUGUAUUACCUUGUGACAGUUCAAUGAUUUGUCCACCAAUUAUUGAAUCACAAUCAUCUAUAUCAUGGGAUAAAACUCUACAAGAUGUUGAAAUACAUGGGCCUAUUACUACAGUACCUGGAUCUCCAUACAAUCUGAUAUUUCUUCUACGUGGCGAACAAUACAGAGAAAAUGAUACAAAGAAUACAAUGAUACAAAGACAAAUACCUCCAGAAGGAGGAGGAGUUAUAUCAAUGCAAGGGAAUAGUGGGUUGCCACUAUGGUUGGUUCCAUUAAAAAAAUCACCUCUUAUUAUAGAUUGUGCUAGUAUUGAUAUUGAUCAAUCUGGGAAACCUGAUUGCAUUGUCGCUGGUGAACAAGGCCUGCUUGUUAGUAUAGAACCAAUUGCUGGAACGAUUCAUUGGAGUGCCACAACUCAUACAUUUCCCAAAUUACCAAUUAUUCUACCAGAUAUUAAUGCAGAUAAUGUUGAAGAUUUAUUAAGUGUAGCAGUAGAUGAUGCAAAUGUAUUGUACCUUGCUUUUCUAUCUGGCAAGACUGGUCAAUUAUUGAAACAAUAUUCAGUCGAUAAUUGCACUUCUAUUGAUAUAUAUAAUCUUGUCUCUAACAACCAGAUACUUUAUAAUUGUUAUGAUGGCAAUGGAAAACCUGUGUCGAGAGCCAUGACUUUGAAACUUUUAUUCCAUAAUGUAAAAAUGCAAGAAAUAUAUAGAAAAAAAUUUAUAGCAGAAUUAAAAUCAGCACGAUUGUUUGAGAUAGUAAAACAAUAUGAUAAGAAAUAUAGUUGGAAGCCUACACCUUAUCACCAUUUGACUAUAGAAAACGAAGGAGUAUGUCCAGGCCAACUUUGCCGCGCUAGUGUAAAUUUAACACUGCAAAAAUUGACAAACGAAUCGAUAAUCAUUUGGGAUCACGUGAGUUCGAACGCGUUUGCAUCAAAGCCAGUAUUUUUAAUGACUUUGGGUAAACCUUAUACUUUCGGAUUUACCAUUAAAUUUUGGCAAUGGAUAGAUUUAUUAUCUGACCACACAGAAAAAGCGACUGUUACAGAGCAAAGGCUUGUAGAAAGAGUCCUAAUAGUUCUUGUAAACUACACAGAUGUUCAAGCUAUUAAUGCUAGUCAAAGUGAUGUAACACUAAUGUGCCAUGGAUUUGAUUGUCAACCAAAUUUAAAUUCACGAAAUCAAUUUAGCUCUAUUUCAAUCGAAUACAUCAAUAACAAUGAAUUUCCGGAAUUAAUAAGCUAUUGGUCUUCAUACAAUGUAGAUUCAACGAAAGGAUUGACAUCGAAAAUACAAGUUAUAAAAAUGGAUUCACUAAUGUCUAAUUUAAUACAUGAAGAUGUUUAGAAUUUUAUCAGAUGACUUUCAAUCAUUAUAUCGCGUUCUGUAAUAUAUUCGCAUUUUGUUGUUGAAUAAUUUAUAAUUUUACUAUUACAGCAUGCAGUAAUCCCUGUUAAAAUAUUUUU